AGAACAUUGUUCUCAGAUACGGAGAAAUCGGGGCUUUUGAACGGUGUACUCCCUAAAGGAGGAUAAGGAAUUGAUAGCUGCAGCUUCCUUGCAAUCCAUUUUUUGGUAUUUGCACCUCUUGCUUUUUCUGAGGUUUUAGAUCAAGAAGCGCCAUGAGCACAACUCAACGGAAGCGCCGUGGAGGAGCAGUUAAUUCUAGGCAAGCUCGGAAACGGAACAGGCUGAUGGCUUCUUCUACUGCAGAAAUGGCUUCAGAAGCAGAGCCAAUAGAACUUGAGGAGAGUGCUGUUGAAGAAGUGGUAGAUCUCACGUGUGAAUCUUCGGAUCCUGUAGUCGUUGAUCUAACUCGCAAUGAUUCUGUUGUGAUUGUUGAAGAGAAUCAACGACAAAGGAGAAAUCUCAGACUAAGAAGCCAGCGACAGUCGGACAGCUGUGUACUGAGUAGCGAUGAUGAAGAUGAAACAAGAGAUAAUGAUGUGUAUGUGACAGAUAAAGUGUCUCGAGAACUGGGACCACUGGAGGAUGAAACUGCAAGUUCAAAGCCGUCUGGUACCGUUAGCUGUCCGAUUUGCAUGGAUGGCUACUCAGAGAUUGUGCAAAGUGGACGACUGAUUGUGUCAACCAAAUGCGGCCACGUCUUCUGCAGUCAGUGCCUCCGUGAUUCCCUGAGGAAUGCCAACUCUUGCCCAACCUGCAGGAAGAAACUCACUCACAGACAGUACCAUCCCAUUUAUAUCUGAGUACUUCUGUUUCUCAGGACAGACGCAACUGGAUUUUGGGGGAAAAUGUCAUGUUUUGCUUGCUCUGAAGAUUUAAAGAGCAGCAGGUUGUGCACACAUCCAAAUAAAACUGGGGGGGUUUUUUGACAACAACUUGUCCGUAUAUAGACAUCUUUUUUAUGGUCCAAGCUGCUUCUUGUUACGUCCCUGGUUAUAAUUGUUAAAUUUAUGACUGUCUCUAAACUAGACCAGCAGCCUGUAUCAGCAAGGAAGCAGCUAAUCCAUUUCCUCCUACUUUUUUAACGCUUAAAUAAGAGGGGUCUGAAUAUUUUGUUAUUUCUUACUCUUUAAAUUAUUCCCACCGUCGCAUACAGAUGUGGAAUAGUUACCUGUCAAAAGACAGAUGAACAGCUUGCCAUUGCAUUACACUUCUGGUUUUGUCCUACAAGCAGCUCAUGACUCUCUUGCUUUCUGCUAUAGCAUCUGUGCCCAAGCAGACUAAGUUCUGGAACGAUGGAUCAUUUUAGCAUAAAUCAACAUUAAAUUGACAACCAGGGUCAUGCAAUAAAACAACCUGCUGUUGACCUGCAAUCCGUUCUUUUUAAGCAGAAGGCUUGAACAUGUAGAUGUCUUUAUGAACUCCAUGAGCUCUAAAGUACGUGGACAAAUUGCAACAUGUACAAUGUGAAAAUACUUCUUUGAACGUUUCAACUGCCAAGAAUUCUGGUCUUUGAAUCACAGCACUGAAUUUAUUUUCUAACGGGAUGAGAUGGUCUCUUGGGUUGACUACUGUCCUAUAGCGCUCUCUCCUGAUAACUAAGGAGAACAUAGUCUUCUCUAGGCUUGCUAGUGAUGAAUAAGCAGCAGAUUGUAGGCUUUCCUCUUGUCAGCUGAAUACCAAACUACCUACAGAUCUUCUUCCUGGAUCAAGAGUACCCAGCAUAAUGCUUUAAGUUCAGUAUGUUCCUUUCACUGUUCUCUUCAGGGGUUAUACUGACACCUGACUGGUCUUAGCCUGGUGCAUAGGAGCAAAAAUGAAAUAACUGUAUUGCCAUGGAUUUAGGAAGUGGAGGCGUUAAGAGAUGUUUGGCAGCAAUCUUGACUGGGCAGCUUAAUCUCCCUUUGCCCUGAGGGUUGUCCAGCUUUCUUUAAAUGUGCAUUUUGAAAAAAAGAAGAGGAGUCAGGUAUGUGUCCUAGGAGAGAGCAUUCCUCGAUCGGAGCAAGGCAGGAAUACACAGGUUUACGCACUGUUCUCCCGUCACUUUAGGUUUUUUCCUCUGCUGCCGCACAAUCUUAGGAUGCGUUUAGUUAACAUUGAGAUCUGAUGUGUCUUUGCUAACCUGUCCAGGGAUCUGUAGGAAGCUCUUAAUUAAAGCAGCUCUUCUAAUUAGCUGUCUCAAGUUCUGUACUGAAGAUUGCAACCCAAAAGUAAAGGGUUUUUUUAUUAGGAUAUUUAGGGAUGCUUCUGGAUGUAGUGAUACAGACAAGAGUUUUGUUCCACAAAGGCUAAUUUCAGAAAUGCAAUACCUUCCCCGCCCUGCUUUGGAACGGCUUUGGUCCAGCCCUGAUGUCAGGAAUAGGCAGUUUCUGCGUUGUGGCAAUAUGGUAACUGCUAACAAGUUAGUUACACACCUUUAGUUACUGCGUGCUCCCAUUGGCAACAUAAACCCGAGACCGCAGUCUUAGUGCGGUGACAACAACGGCUGGCAUUUGGGUCCCCAAAACCACGGGAACGAUGAAGCAGUGCUGAAGAUUGCUUAAAGCAUUCGUUGCAUGAAGAGAAGCAGCCCAACAUUAAAACUGUCACAGUAUUUAAGGGCCACAGAAACAGCUUUCUCCCAAUAGCUUAACAAAGAAAAAAAAAGAAAAAAUUAUGGCCAGUUUUCCUGGGGUGGCUACUGCACGAGAGGGAGGAUACGAAGAGGAUUUAAGGGGUUACCUCUGGGGCUGCGGGUGAGUCACGUAUCCGUGCUGCAUCUUUCGUGGUGUACUGGCCAUAGCCUAAAACGACUUUGCACAACUCCCUCCGUGUAAAUAUCACUUUAUAAUUUGUGUCUCAGUAAAGAGAUCUAAU